AUGUCCUACCGAAAGUUCUGCGCGGAGGUUUUCGACCCCCCCCCGUUUGUGGAGUCGCCGCCGCCGCCCGAGUGGGAGCCACCCACGGGCUACGGCCAGCACUACGAGACCCUAGGAACGACCGUGGACGGCGAGCCGACCAUCUUCAUCAGCAUCGCUUCCUACAGGGACGACCUCUGCCACAACACUAUCAAGGAGGCACUGCGCAUGGCGGAGCACCCGCGGCGGCUCUUCUUUGGGGCCGUGGAGCAGAGCAUCCCGAGCCAGGGCGACCUGCCGUGCAACUUCACGAUGGUGCCGUGCGACGUCGACCCGAGCCAGCUCCUCUGCGUCUACUCGGGCCAAAUCACAGUGCACCGCGUGGAUGCCCGCGGAGCGCAGGGGCCCACGUACGGCCGGUACAGGGCGGACAGACUAUACCGCGGCGAGUACUUUGCAUUGCAGAUCGACGCCCACAUGUACUUCGUGGCCAACUGGGACACGGAGAUGAUCAAGCAGUGGAAGGCGACGGGCAAUGAGUACGCGGUGCUGACCACGUACCCAUCUGCAUACGCGCCGGGCAGCAUGGACGGCAGCGGUCAUAGCUCCCACAAGAGCACGCCGCUGAUCUGUAAGUCGGAGUUCGACGUCGACGGCAUGGUCAGACACCAGGCGGCGGGCGAGAUCUUCCCCAUGGCGUCCCUCAACGGCUCCCCGAUCCUGCAGCCCGUCUGGGCCGCGGGCUCCUCCUUCAGCCGCGGGCACCGCGUGGCGCGCGUGCCCUACGGCCUCCUCCGGCUAGUCUUCAACGGGGAGGAGACCGUCAUGGCGCUCAGGAUGUGGACCUCGGGCUACGACUUCUACACCUUCCACCACGUUCUCCUCUUCCACACGUACAACAGGAAGACGCGGCCGAAGACCUUCUGGGAGAACACGCAGCAGAACGGGCUGAAAGCUAAGACCAUGGAGAAUGUUGAGAUAAUGCUGGGGCUGCGGCGACCUCUGGCAGGGUACGACACGAAGGACAUCAGUCCCGGUGCGAAGUACGGCCUUGGCCAGAAGCGGCAGGUGUCCACUUUUCUGAGGCUGUGGGGCUACGACCUCAGGCACAAGGCGGCCCGCGACAAUUGCCCGUGGGCCUACUCGCAGGAGAUGCACAUGGACCUCACCGCGCACCUGCGGCCCGACGGCAUGGGGAUCGACUACGGGAAGGUCCCGGUCGACGAGAUCGUGCAGCGACACGGGUGGGCCGACCUGCCCUCCCAGGACCUCGCGUGGUAG